AUGGGACCUUCAUCACACGUCCUAAGCAAUCUUGAUCUCGGUGAUCUAAGUAGCAUUAGGCGCGUUAUGGCAGCUUUAUCCUACAACCUUACACAUAUUGUCCUAAAUCCAGGAAGACCGGAAGUGAAAUGCCUUCGAGGUCAUGAGGCCGAAACAGUUGCAACCAUCUUGUUCACUAUUCAAUUCUAUCCCGAUCACACUCUCCUUUUGCAUGCAACUCUUCUCUUCAUCGACGUGAUCGAAGGAAGUGACGAAGAUGUCCGGCGGGCAGUUGAGCAAUACGUGGGAGUUACCUCCGAGAGGGCCGUGACUAUGCCAUGGAUGGAUGAAGAUAAUUACUUUAUUGCAGAAUGGCAAUUUUUCAAGGCGAGGGGCUGUGAGCGGAUGUCGAGAGAACAGCUAGUGAAAGCAGCACCAGCGGCAUUCUACCGCAACCAAGUGAUCUCCACACUACGUGCACAGCAGCUCGAAGUUAUAGCAGCCCAAACAAACCGGCGAGUGAUUGAUAUCCCCGCCAAAGAAGCUAUAGCACCUCUCCCUCAAGGCCCUUUCCCCGACGGAAUCCAAACAUUCAAUUCUGGAGCAUGCGAUAACUGCGUACGGAAGAAUCGCUUUUGCAAUAGGAUCGAGCCUUUCUGCUGGGAGUGCCGCAGUACAUGGACUACCUGUGGCUACUCAUCCGCUAGCGCUGGGCCACGAGUUCUUCCACCUCGUGUGGAGCCAAACUCUGGAAACGAAGUCAAGAAUAUACUAAGCAGUUCUGAUGGUGAUGACCAUGAUAACAAGGUUAAAAUCGAUGAUGCCGACGAAGACGAGACUGAAGUUGAAACGGCUGACGAUGAUUCAUCUUAUGAAGCCUCUGGAGAGUAUUCGCCUGGAGAUGACGAUGUUGGUAUAUACGAGGACGAUUCUGAAGAACCACCUACCAUUGCUGGGAGGCUGAAGCGUAGCCGGGUUGAAAAGCGAUUGAGCCUUCGAUCAGCAACAGUUACUAGCAACUUUCAGAUGCCCACAACUGAACAUUCGUCGGGUUCGGAGCUUAGCGAUGCACCCUCAGAUGAAGAGAAUCCUUUUUCAGAUCUGGAGUCUGAGGCCGAGCAAGAUGACCAGGAAAUGAUAGGAACAGAGGGGAGCAGUACUGGGGUGCAGCAACUGCGAUCUCAGCAAAGAAUGAGACCUGAGAUGGAAGGGAAUUCCCGAGAUGGGGAGAUGCGGGAUUCCGCAGCCAGUGGAGUUAAAGAUGGGAACUUACCAGCAAUCACUGCUCUCUAUACUUCUUUCACCGACCGCGCCAUUGAUGACGGAACGCUUGACCGCACCCCGCCUCUCAUAAACGAACCAUCUCCCGCAAAACGAAUCAUCACCUUCCAAACUGAAACCUCUCACCGCGAUACCUCAGUUACCACAACUAUAGCAACCUAUCACUAUCUCGGCUUCACUGAUUGGAACAAUUUGAGCAGCGUCAAAAAGCUCCGUGCAUGGCGCAGUGAGAUCAUUACACGCUUUUUCGGCCGACGCCGUCGAGAUUACGAGAGAUGGACAGAAAUCGAGCGAGAUGCGUUGUUCACGGUACUGCGAAUCCAUGUGAACGAACAUGGCGAGAACGGGCCACGUAUCGAUUGGGCCGAUAUUGCUAAGCAACUAAAUGUCAUUUGCGAAGGAAAGAGACAGAAGGCGAAGGAGAUAACUGCAGAGGUAGUCUAUCAGUUUACAGAUAAUAGGGGGGUGGUAAGACAGGCGAGGAUUUUGAGCGUGCCACUUGGAAAGCCGAGGAUGGCACCGGCUAGGGAUGGAGAAGGGGUUCGACUUGCGAUGAUGCAGUUCACUCAUCCUCUGGCGGCCGAAAUUGUGAGAGAAUUGAAUAUGGGGGAUGAGGAAGAUUGA